AUGGCUCCACGAGCACGCACUGCCAGUCGGUUCAUGCCUUCAGUCUCGGCUAAACGUAAGCGCGACGUCAAAGACAGCGGGAAAACUCAAGAUUUCGAUGAAGCAAAUGAUCCGCCCAUUCGUCCUAAGAAGGCUGCCAGGACCGCUAGCUCCACCAAACCCAAAACCACAGUCCCCAGCGCCAGUAAGGAUGCGGAAAAAAUCUACGCUGACGCCCUCAAAGCCCUCGACAAGCGCGUCGACGAGCUGGACAAGAAAGUCAAGGUCAUGAGUGGCAACAGUUCGGCGAUCACAAGCGCCAAUUAUGCCACCUCCGCCCGCAAGCACAGGGCGCCAUCAAGAAGUUAG